AUGCCACGUCUUAAUGCCAUUCUUCAUCCAAGUAUUGUUGAUUGUAGUACUCUCAAAGAAUUAACAUUACGUUGGCAACCUAUACGAUAUACAAAACGACCACAUAAACAAAUGAUGCAUCGAGCACGUGAUGAUAUAAAAGAAUCAAUUAAUGAACUUACUCAUUAUCGUCAACAUAAUUUUUAUUUUGGUUAUCAUACUAUUCGAAAUCCACCUUAUGUACCUGCACCAGUUCUUUCUAAUCCACGUACUCAUCUUGUUUGGUUAAAAACUGAUUCUGAUGAAGUCAAUCAUAUAUAUGUGAUUAUAACCGAUGGAAAUCUUAAUAUUUUAAAAGAUCUAUAUGUUGAUAUGACUAAUAAAAGCAAUCAUUAUUCUUUAUUAGUUGGUUUUUUACAAAAAAAUAUUUUAGUUAAUCGAAGUUCUCCUAUUUGUGGUCAAUCUGUUUAUAUAGAUCGUGCAAGAAUACAACGUGUUGUACCAGAAUUUCUUACAUGUUGUCAUUAUCGAAGUAUUGAUGUAGAUGUUUUAAAUGUUCUUUGUCGAAGAUGGGCUAAGAAAGUCUACGAAAAUCGACCAAUAAUAUCGACUGAUUCGAAAAAUCUUAUAGCAGAACUUCAAGGAUCAAUUCAAUUGUUACAAUAUUAUCGUGCGAAUGUAUUCAAAUCAGAUCUUUUUGUACAAGAUAAACAAUAG